GGAGUCGAGUAUGCCGAAUUGGUACAGCUAUGGAUGCGCUUUGAACAAAUCCAUCAGUGGAAAAAUCCAAAGAGUAAACUAGCAGACUUGCUUCGCCCACGAAUGCUAAAUGACUGGAGCAAACGGAGAUCAGCUAGUAUCCCUGCACUCUCUACAGUCGCGUUGGUUCAACAUUUCGGCGAAAGCGUUUGGACCUGGUGGUGUUCGCUUCAACCACCAUGGAGGACAUAUUCAGUGGCAGACAAUAGACCGAACCCAGUCUCCAUAUACGGAACCGAUUGGAAAAGCCUCAAUAAAGGCGGGAAGAACGGUUGGAUGCUCAUUCUUACUUGUGUUAAAUGGUGG